AUGAUAGGGAAAUUGGAUGUUUUUACCAAUUCUACUGGCCUUAAAGCUAGCCUUCCAAAAAGCAAAAUAUUCUUUGGGGGGAUAGAUGAGAGCACCCAAAAGAGUCUCCAGGAAGUUUCUGGUUUUGCUGUUGGUUCUUUGCCUGUCAAAUAUCGAGGGGUUCCUUUGGAUAGCAAGAAACUUACUAUUAACAAGUGCCAACAAUUGAUACAUAAAAUGACUGCAAGACUGUCCCAUUGGAGUACUAGACUGUUAUCCUAUGCAGGUCGAAUUCACCUAGUGAGAAGUGUCCUGUUUGCCAUAGCUAACUACUGGAUGCAAAUUUUCUUGCUCCCCAAGAAAGUCAUCCAUCAUAUUGAUCAGUUGUGCAGGAUCUUUAUCUGGACAGGCAAGGAUAUGCCUUCCAAAAAGGCCCCUGUAUCCUGGAAAUCUCUGUGUGAUCCUAUGUCUGCAGGGGGUAGGAAUUUGAUUUUUCUUGGCAACUGGAACAAGGCUGCUAUAAGUAAAUUGCUGUGGUAUGUCUGUGCUAAGAAGAACAAAUUAUGGAUUAGAUGGAUACACUUGUAUUACAUUAAAAAUGCAGAUCCAAGAAGUUACAAGCCUCCUAUUCAUAGCUCUUGGAGUAUGAAAGCCGUGUUCAAAAAUAAUGAAUCUAUCUGCCAAAAGGAUGCUUGGAAGAUCUCAAUGGAGAAAGAUGCCUAUAGUACCAAGAGAAUGUACAAAGAGUUACAAGGUAUUAAGGAGAAGGUGAUGUGGAGGAGAUUGUUCUUUGGAAACCUUGCUAGACCCGAGCCUCUUUCAUCCUCUGGUUGA